AUGGAGGCGAUUCAAACCCAUCCCACGAGUGCUGCGCAAGCCAAGGCCUUUACUGCGCCUGGUUCGCUGUCCUUCCCCGGCGGCGCUCACGAGCUUCCUCCCCCGGCGAACGGCGCUCAGGCUCCCGUCAACGGUCAGGUCCCCGCCGUCAACGGUCAACAAGGCGCAAACGGUACCGGGGUGACUCCCGCGACCCCCGCUGCGACUCCUGCUGCCACCCAGGGUGGAAGUGGUUUGACUCCCACGCUGCAGAACAUCGUUGCCACGGUCAACCUCGAUUGCCGCUUGGACCUGAAGACGAUUGCCCUGCACGCGAGAAACGCCGAGUACAAUCCCAAGCGUUUCGCCGCCGUCAUCAUGCGUAUCCGCGAGCCGAAGACCACAGCCCUCAUCUUCGCCUCUGGUAAGAUGGUUGUAACUGGUGCCAAGUCUGAGGACGACUCGAAACUUGCCUCCCGCAAGUACGCUCGUAUCAUCCAGAAGCUUGGCUUCAACGCCAAGUUCACCGACUUCAAGAUCCAGAAUAUUGUCGGAUCUUGCGACAUCAAGUUCCCCAUCCGUCUCGAAGGUCUUGCCUCCCGCCAUCACAACUUCAGUUCUUACGAACCCGAGUUGUUCCCUGGUCUCAUCUACCGCAUGAUUAAGCCGAAGAUUGUGCUCCUCAUCUUCGUCUCUGGCAAGAUCGUCCUCACUGGUGCCAAGGUUCGUGAGGAGAUCUACCAGGCGUUCGAGAUGAUUUAUCCUGUGCUUCAGGUCUAG